AUGUUAUUCAAUAUUCAUGAUGAAUCAUUAAUUACGCUAUCCACUACUUAUAAAACAUUUUUGUUUGACAAUGAUUUUCAAUUAUUAUUUCCCGAAAUUUUUUUGGUAGUAGCUGCAAUUUUUUUAUUAGUCUAUGGUGUGAUCUUUAGUACUUCAAAAAACAAAAAUUAUCCUUUACUUUUGACUAAU